AUGUUCUCGGUGAUAUGAAAAAGACUUUUGAGGACUAGAGAUAGAGCUUACUUGAAUUCAAGCCAUUCCUUCACCCUUGUAAACCUAUCUUCAAUGCGUGAAACGAGGAGAUGGUCGUCGAUAUCGUUACAUCCACCCAGGUGCGGCACAAUUUCGAAGAGGACAGUCCCGCUGUGCGCGAGCAUUGCUAGCUUUGGAAGUACCGCAGAAUUUUCCAAAAUGUCGGAAAUCACUAACUUUAUUUCCUGAGGGGAGCUAGCUGAGCUGACAACGUGGUGAUUCAGAAACCGGUGACACCACAGUUGUCAGACGAGGGUCUGGCAAAUGGCCCCAAGGCUGCCGAUUUUCUCACUGUUCUUGGCAUUAGUCUGUCUAGUGCAUGGCAACAAUGGAGCGACGCAGGCUGGAGGAGGCAAUACAACGGCAGAGCUACCGGCCACCGCGUCUGUAUCAACAUCCCCGGGGGCUGAGACAAGUACAAUUCCUCCGACAGCCGAUACACCCUCACCAGCUAUGCUGACAGUUCGCCGCCAUCCUGAGAAUAUGGAUCUGUAUAGAGUAGAUGAUGGGCAGCCAGUUGUAUUCGCCUGUGUGUACACUGGAGCAGUGACGGGUGACGUGAAAUGGACGGGCCCCAGAGUUCCAGAAACCGCGGUGACCACUGUCAAGGCGAAUGGAACUACGGUGUCUAUUCUGGUGUUACCUGUUACAACACUGCAAGAUGCUGGUCGUUACCAGUGCAGUGCGUCAGCCAGUGCCGAUGUCAACGCUGCUACAGCAACUAUCAAGUUCUACUUGAUAGUCACAGCCAAGUUGUCUUUAGCUACGGAAGUCCUCAUAGGCAUAGGACUAGGCAGUGGUGUGCUGCUGUUAGUCAUUGCUCUACUUGUUCUCAAGUACAGGAACUCCAAAUGGCGCGGUGUAAUGGAGCCAACCAAAUCACGCAUGUCUUUCGACACGGUGGCGUAUGGCCGGCGUAACCGGGAUAGCACCACUACUGACCUGGAUUCCUACUUUGGAGGAUGGCCCUCAGUCAAGCGCAGAGCCUCGGGCGAUAAGGAUCUGGAGGAGGAGGUGCCUAGACCAUGCAAAGCCCACAACCAAUCCGUGGUGACGAUUGGCAGUCAGAUCCCGGAUGUGAUGGUGCAUUUGGAAUCGGAAACUGAGCUUGACGCCUGUCCCAUGCCCACCUCUACUAGUAUAAUCAACAACACGCCGGCCGAGGGCGGUCAGUCAUGGAUGGCAGGUGACAAUGGCAACUUCCACCUAUCCGGCGUGGAGCUGCGAACAAGGAUGGCCGAGUCGUCCACAGCAAGUGUUACACGCAUCAGGCCGGUGACUCCAACCAUUCACGAGCCCCCGGACGCGGGUCACGGUCCCGGCGAUCAUAAAGAGUGGGUGUGCCCAACCGGUAGCUGGGUGCAGAAGCCCAUGCUUCCAAGUAUGUCGAUGGAAUCACUUCGAACCGUCGAAGCAGAAUCUGAAUACUUGGAAUCAUCCGAUAUCAAGAUGGCCGUAAAGAUUAUGACUGGCGCCGCUGUUGAAGAAACGGAUUAUGCGAUCGUUGAGCCACGGAAAGUCCUGCCAGCCCUGAGUACAAGCAACUCAAGACCGCACUCAGCGGAACAGUCACCCACUUCACCGCUGCCCUACCCACGCAGUCUCUCCAAAAACCUACGCAGUACGGCCAAUGAGGGAGUUCCGGUUGGGCGCAGUCACUCGCACCGAUUCGUCACCAAGGCAGAGGGGGGUCAGCUGGCAGCAGACCUCAGACCCAGUAGAAAUGCGUUGAGGCAGGGUGGUGGUUCACUGACUGCGAAAAGGUCCCUUCCAUCGUUAAAUGCGGACGUUCAUGGUAAUUCACAUUGCCCUGACUCUACACACGUAACGGCGGGUAGAAACAUCCCUCUGUGAAAUGGUGUCGUUUUCCAGCGGAAUCUAUCAGUGUCGGCUUACUAAUUUGGCACCACACCUUGACUGCAGUGCUGCUGCUGCUUAUGUCAUUGCAGUCUUUAUCGAGUGGGUCAACAACGACCAGGACAUGAUUUCUGCACACAACUUCGUCUUGUUUCGUUUCAAAAUGCCAUUGCCAAGGAAAUCGGUUGCAGGAUCAACACUCAUGGCGUGAAAGCUCAUUCCCUCACUGUUGCUUUCAAACAGCCAAAUCUUACAAGCUUACACGAUGUCACACAUUUGUUAAUGCUGGCAAAAUGUCAUAGAUCUUGUUGGUAACCAACCUCCAGAAGAGUAUAUUAGUAGUCCCCCCCCCCCCCCCCCUGACAAACUAAACAACGUAACCUUUCAAAGGGCCUUCUCUAUUACAGGCGAAUGAAUACCUCUAUUUUUAACUCUCUUUCUUUCUUCCAUGAAUUAUCUCCGUCUCUCUCUUUCUCAGUACGUGUGUGUGUGUGUCUCUCUCUCUCCCUCUCUCUCUCCCUCUCUCUCUCUCUCCCUCUCUCUCUCUCUCUCUCUCUCUCUCUCUCUCUCUCUCUCUCUCUCUCUCUCUCUCUCUCUCUCUCUCUCUCUCUCUCUCCCUCUCUCUCUCUCUCUCUCUCUCUCUCUCUCUCUUUCUCUCUCUGUCUCUAUCUCUGUCUCUCUCUCUCUCUCUCUCUCUCUCUCUCUCUCUCUCUCUCUCUCUCUCUCUCUCUCUCUCUCUUCCUCUCUGCCUCAUAUUAUUGGACCAUCAGCCUUGGCAUCCAAACUCUAUUUUAUUCAUGUUCUUGAACAAGCGGUGUUACGCUCUCUACUGCCUUUCAUUAUGAUAACAUUAUGAUAACAUAUUUUCAAGAAACUGCCUUAGCAACGGGUAGGUUAACUUUUUUCUCCCUGCAUAUACCAUAAUAUCAAUAAUGUUUCAUUCCCUCACACUGAUGACAAUAUUUCAUUUGAUAAUCAUUCUAAAGUGGAGCUUGAUUGUGCGCACACAGAAUUGGCUGAGUUUCCAGUAUGAGAAUUACAAGUAUUCGUUUUGAAGAAAUCUUUCUUUUGGCAUGUCCUUGAAAGGCAUGUUGAAUUAGUCCUGCCAAUGCAGAAGAUAGCAUCAUACAAUGUACUUACUGAGAACGGAUACAUGUUUCGUGUG